AUGAGGAAAAACAGACGAACAUUAAAUGGAGACGAACGCGACGACACUGUCACUUUAGAACGAGUUGAGGCAUUUCCAGUGUUCAGCUGUGGAAGUCCAAAAAACGCAUGGAUUAGGGUCACCUCUCUACCGCAUGAACUCAGCUUCGUAGCUGUCACGCCAAGCAAAAGAAAUAAGACACUGACGAUUUUGUCAGAGCACUCUGAACUCUGA